AUGUCUAUCGACUUCCCCAAGGAAGAGGAAGUCGUCCUCCAAAGAUGGCGCGAUAUCGACGCCUUCCUUCGACAGGUAGAACUGUCUGAAGGCCGCCCUCGAUACAAUUUCUACGAUGGUCCUCCUUUCGCGACCGGCCUGCCUCACUACGGACAUCUUCUUGCCUCCACCAUCAAGGAUGUUAUCCCCCGAUACUGGUCCAUGAAGGGCUUUCAUGUCGAGCGUCGCUUCGGCUGGGAUACUCACGGUCUUCCUAUUGAGCACGAGAUUGACAAGAAGUUGGGAAUCUCUGGAAAGGCUGCUGUGAUGGAGUUGGGUAUUGCCAAGUACAACGAAGAGUGUAGAUCUAUUGUCAUGCGCUACGCUACGGAAUGGCGACAUACAAUCGAGCGAUUGGGACGUUGGAUCGACUUUGACAACGACUACAAGACUAUGGACCCGAAUUUCAUGGAAUCCGAGUGGUGGGUUUUCAAGCAAUUAUUCGAUAAGGACCAAGUCUACCAAGGCCACCGAGUUAUGCCCUACUCAACUGUCCUCACUACUGCCCUUAGCAACUUCGAGGCCAACCAAAACUACCAGGAUGUCACUGACCCCGCGGUUGUCGUCACAUUCCCUCUUGUCGAUGAUCCCGAAGUCAAUCUGCUUGCCUGGACAACCACCCCCUGGACAUUGCCAUCGCAUCUUGGCCUCGCCGCUCAUCCCGACUUCGAGUAUGUCAAGAUCUUAGACGAGAAGACAGGGAAAACCUAUGUGCUGCUCGAAAAGCUCCUUGGAACCUUGUACAAGGAUCCCAAGAAGGCCAAAUUCAAGAUUGUAGGGAAGGUUCUUGGUAAGGACAUGUUGGGAUGGAAGUACACGCCUCCCUUCAAUUAUUUUUACGAAGAGUUUAAGGAUGUCGCUUUCAAGGUCCUAAAUGCCACCUACGUUACCGAUGACAGUGGUGUGGGCAUUGUGCACCAAGCACCAGCUUUUGGUGAGGAUGAUUACAACGUUGCCGUCGCCGCAGGCAUCAUUACCGAGAACCGACCUCCUCCUGAUCCUGUCAACGAUACCGGUCACUUCACCGACCGAGUUUCCGAUUUUAAGGGCAUGCACGUCAAGGAAGCCGACAAGCACAUCAUAAAGUACCUCAAGAAUACCGGCCGCAUCGCCAAUGAAUCCCAACUCAAGCAUUCGUACCCUAUGUGUCCUCGCUCGGAUACGCCCCUCAUCUACAGGGCUGUUCCCUCUUGGUUCAUCCGCAUUCCUAACAUUGUUCCCGAUAUGCUCAAGAACAUUGAGGAGACCCGUUGGGUUCCAUCAUUUGUCAAGGAGAAGCGCUUUGGCAGCUGGAUCGCCAACGCUCGCGACUGGAACGUCAGCCGAAACCGUUACUGGGGUACGCCUAUCCCUCUGUGGGUCAGUGAAGAUUUGGAGGAGAGAGUUUGCGUAGGAAGUGUUCAAGAGCUCCGUGACUUGAGUGGUUACGAGGGCGAUCUUUCUGAUCUUCACCGUGACAAGGUUGAUCACAUUACUAUUCCCAGCAAAAAGGGCAAGGGUCAAUUGAAACGUAUUGAGGAGGUAUUCGACUGCUGGUUUGAGUCUGGAAGCAUGCCCUAUGCUAGCCAACACUACCCCUUUGAGAACGUCGAAAAGUUCAACCAGUCCUUCCCUGGAAAUUUCAUUGCCGAAGGAUUGGAUCAAACUCGCGGAUGGUUCUACACUCUGACAGUGCUGGGCACUCAUCUUUUUGGCAAGUCUCCAUUCCAGAAUUGUGUGGUCAACGGUAUAGUACUUGCAGAGGAUGGCAAAAAGAUGUCCAAGCGGCUCAAGAACUACCCCGAUCCUUCCAUCAUCAUGACAAAGUACGGAUCUGAUGCUCUCCGACUUUACCUCAUUAACUCGCCUGUUGUGCGAGCUGAGCCACUGAGAUUCAAGGAAUCGGGCGUCAAGGAGGUUGUUCAGAAGGUCCUUUUGCCGCUGUGGAACAGCUACAAGUUUUUCGAGGGUCAAAUUGCUCUUUUGAAGAAAGUUGAGAACGUGGACUUCACAUGGGACCCCAAGCUUGAGGCCAGCAACUCCAACGUCAUGGACCGUUGGAUCCUUGCUUCGACUCAGAGUUUGUUGGCAUUCGUCAACCAGGAAAUGGAAGGAUACCGUUUGUAUACGGUCGUUCCUAGACUUCUAGGUCUUAUUGAUAACACAACAAACUGGUACAUUCGAUUCAACCGAAAGCGACUCAAGGGAGAGAAUGGUCUUGAUGAUACUUUGCACGCCCUGAAUGCUCUUUUCGAGGUGUUGUUCACCUUGUGCCGUGGAUUAGCGCCUUUCACGCCUUUCCUCACCGACAACAUCUACCUGAAGCUACUGCCAUAUAUCCCCAAAGAGCUUCAAGGUGAGGACCCCCGAAGUGUGCACUUUCUGCCAUUCCCCGACGUCCGCCAGGAGUUGUUUGAUGAGGAAGUAGAGCGACGUGUUGGUCGCAUGCAGCGCGUCAUUGAGCUGGCUCGUGUGUCGCGCGAGCGUCGUACGAUUGGUCUCAAGCAACCUCUCAAGACACUCGUGGUUCUCCACUCGGAUCCCCAGUAUCUUGAAGAUGUCAAGUCGUUGCAAAAGUAUAUCAGCGAGGAGCUGAACGUACAAGACCUUGUGCUCUCUGGAGAUGAAGCCAAAUACAAUGUUCAGUACAGUGUCACUGCUGACUGGCCUGUUCUCGGAAAGAAGCUCAAGAAGGAUAUGGCCCGCGUCAAAAAGGGGUUGCCCCUUCUUACCAGCGAGCAGGUGCAGGGUUACCUCCGAGACAAGCAUAUCGAUGUUGAUGGUAUUCGUCUGGAGGAGGGCGAUCUCGUUGUGCGCCGUGGCGUCAAGGAGGACGAAUCGUCAAAGAACUUCGAGACUAACACUGAUAGUGAGGUACUCACCAUCCUGGACACGGAGAUCCACCCUGAAUUGGUAGCCGAGGGCUUGGGUCGUGAGAUUGUCAAUCGUGUGCAGCGACUUCGAAAGAAGGCAGGACUCAUGCCAACAGACGACAUCAAGAUGGAGUACAGAGUCAUCGCUGAUCCUGAAGAUGUAGGCCUGUCAGGUGCCUUCAAAUCACAGGCCCCUGCAUUUGAGAAGGCCUUACGUCGACCCUUGGAAGAGGCUGGAGCUGAGCCUCAGACUGAUGGUCUCAUUGCUGAGGAGGAACAAGAAGUCCAACAGGCAACAUUCCUGUUGAGAUUACUGAAGCUGUAG